CCCAGAUCAUGGAAGUAAAUUUUAGUUUAAGCCUCUGUGUUCUAGACAAUUGCUCGGUCUGCUCUUUAGUUUGUGAAUUUAGAAGCUCUCUUAGUUUUCUGAGGUCUUCCUUUAGUGGGAGACGUUUGGAACUUGCUGAGGAGCCUUCUCAGCAGAGCCUACUAUAUUGGCAGCAUUGGGGGGUUUGUUUGUUUUUGGGUUUUUUUUCAGUCCCAAAGGUGCUAACUGUUCAAAUGAAGUAGUGCUCUUAAAAGUGACUUUUUAGUUCGAUAUUUUUAUCUUGGUAGUGACUCAGCCUCUGAUGUGCUUGUAAUAUUGGCCCUGCAACCUUGAAAUUGUUCUUGGAUGCAGCCAAGGCCGUGCCAUGAGGCCUGGGGAUGAUUUGUGGUGAGGGUGACUGGGAAAUUUUAUUUCGCCCUGGUUGCCAACUUCUCUAUUUCAUUGUGUUCUUUUUCCAAAAACUGUCAUUACUGACCCAGGAAUUAAGAACAUGAAUCCAAGUUUCCUUUGAAAAUAAUUUUAGUGAGUUUAGAUUUGGCAAGAACCACAUUUUAUCAUAAUUCAUUCAACUUCAUAUUUCAUCCCCCAGUAAGUCAUCAUGAAUUAAUACCAUUACAGAUAAACUGGGAUUAUGGUUUAUCCGUAAUUGGAGACAUCUCUGGAUUAAACUGUAAUUUUCAGACCCCAUGUAGGUGUCAAAUCUUUGCCUGGUGCUGGAAUGCUGAGGUGGGUAAAUUAAUUCUCGCUUUAAACAAGCUUUCAAAAUGGUGGGGAAGAGAUCUGCCAAAGAGUGAAUCUCUGUAGCACAGUGUGCUGAGUUCUGUAACGAAGGACAAAGACAAUAGGAGCACACAAGAGAAAGAGAUGGUCCCUGGGACAAGGCAUGGGAGGAUGUCCAGGAAAGUCUCACAGAAGAGGUAGCCUUCACUCUAGGAUUUGGUAAAGGGUGGGAUCUUGGCCGGAAUACAGGCGGACAGGACAUUCCAAGUGGAAGGAAAAGCGCGAGUGAAGGAGGUGCUUGGGAAAAGGGCAGGACGCGUCCAGGGAGCGGGGGUAGUAGAGUAUGGCAGGACCAAAUGGGACAUGGUGGGAAAUUAGCUGGAAAGGUGGACGGAGCCAGAUCUUGGACUGUCUUUUCUUGAACAAUCUUGUAUGUGAUCUGAAGAGUUUCCUUGUUAUUCUGGAGGUAAUCGGGAGAAAACCGAGGGCUCUGGGCUGGAGCCGGAGCUGAUCAGUGUCCUGUUUGAGGAACAGCUCUGAUGGCGUUCUGAAGGAUGGAUGUUUGAAGGAAGAGAGGAAGGAAAAGGGCAGGCACAUUCGGAAGAGUACAGCGCAGCAACCCAGGGGAGGGAAAGCGGAAAGUUGAAGGUGUGAAGGAAGCCAGUGGCAAAGGAACUGGAGUCAGGGGUCAGAGAGGGCUCAUCUGGUCGGGGUCUAUGCUGCCUCACUGUGGAUGGAAUUAUGUGAUUGGCUAUUGAGCCCUUCUAACCCCAAGAUUCUAUGGGUUUCUGUGACCACAUAAGAACCCUACAUUCCAGAGGAGAGCAUUUCCCCCCACCUGUAAGUACGUAUAAGAACGCUUCAGACAUAUCCGUCUGUAUUUAAGAAGUGACAGCAUCUCUCCCACCCCCAGUUAACGUCAGUUGAAAGCGAUUUAGCGUGGGUGUAAUUGAAGAAAUAUACCGUGAAGGCAGCAAGCAGGCCCGCAGACAUACGGAGCCCACUGGCAAUCAAAAGGUGGCGAGUACGGCAGAAAAAACUGAAAUGAUAUGCAGAUGGAGAACAUGCAUUUUGCAGCAUUUAUAGGUAAUCCUACGCAUCUUAUCUCUAAUUGGAAUUUACUGACUGACAAUGGCAGGAAAAAUCUUAGAGAAAUUGGAUGUUCUGGAUGAGCAAGCAAAGAUACUCCUGGCCCGUAGAGCAAAGAAAAACAGGCUUCAGAGUCAAGUAAAGAAAAAGACUUUGGUGACACCCCUGACAUUUGAUUUUCAGUUGGAAUUUGAAGAGCCUGUUGCUACGUCCACACGUAAGACAGUAUCAAAGAUCGCAGAGCACAGAUCAUGUGGCAUUAAGCAAACAAAAAGGUACGCCUCCAAAAAUGAGCCUAAACCUAGAAAAGUUGAUUUUGAAAAGUUAAAUGUGAGCCCUCACUUUUUACCAACAAAUAUAAAAAAAAAUCAAGAAAGCAAGUCAACAGGGCCAGUAGAAGAAAAUUCAAAAUCAAGGUCUAUCAGACCUUUUCCUUAUCUUAAGGAUACAAUUGAGGUGGAAAAUGGUAGGCCUGUGCAUCAUCUAUAUUCACAGCCUAGACGAGCAUGUGGAAGAACAUUGGGUUCUACAGUCUUUUCUCCUGUACCCACUGUCCAAGCUAAUGCUUAUAAGAAGGAAAAAGACUCUGCUUUAUUUACAGAUUUCAACUCAAAUAUCCCCCCCCGAGAGAGACCGCCUGUGGCCACCCUAGCUCAAACUGACAAAAAACCUGGGGAAUCAUUUGAUUUGGUUGGUCACUUAGAAGAUUAUUUAAAUAAAAGAAGAAAAUCUCCUCCGCAGACGAACGAUUCUAGUACAAAAGAAAAUAAAUCCACCACAAAUUACCAAUUAAGUGAGUAUUGUUUAGUUAGAAAGAAAAGCUUGCUCCCCUUGUGCUUCGAGGAUGAAUUGAAAAAGCCAAAUGCCAAGAUAAUCAACAUUAGUCCAGCAAAGACAGUAACUUCUCACAUGGAACAAAAGGACACAAACCCCAUAAUUUUUCAUGAGACUGGAUAUGUACAAAUGUUACUUUUGACCAAAAAUAGGCUUCCUUACCAUCCUAUGGAAAACAGAAACAUUUACCCAUAUAAAAGAACAAAUUUGGUUUUAGAAAGAAAUCGUGAAAUUCUCAAAUCUUUAAUUAGUUAUCAAUCUGUUACUCCUUCUAAACCUAAAGGAGCUCUUUCGACAGAAAGGAGGGAAGGUACACAAGCUGUGCCUUUUGAUGUGCACCAUAGAGCUGCCGAGGAUAACUCAAGGAAGGAAGCUAGUAAGCAGACAUUUGACAACAUAUCCUGGAAUAAACUCUGUAAUUUCUCACAGACUUUUUCCAACCUAACAAAAAAGUUUGUGGGUUUCCUUGAAAAAACUCUUACUCAAGAAAUGAGUGCUAAAACUAGCAAAUUUGGAAGAAUGCUUUCUACAGUAAAACCAGUGAGCAAAUUUAGUGCCUUACCUGUCAAAUAUUGCUCAAAGCCUUUAAAAAAUAAACUCAAAGUCCAUAAGUUAAGUAAUGUAACGCCACUGGACGAUUUGUUAAACUUGCCAAAUGAAAAUUAAACAGCUCACAAAAUAUUGUGUAUACAGCGAUAUUUGGGUAGCAAGAAGCAAAUCAUGAGUUCCAAGAUCAUGGAAGAAAUUCUUAUCUAAAUAGUAACGUUCUAAUGGAUGGUGUAAGAAAGCAAAGCAUAGAAAUUGGAGUUACAAAUCAACAGUGGUCUGUUCAAGAAAAGCCAACAUUUUUAGUAAAUACAAGGACAAAAUCAGGAAAUAAUUAUCAACAGGAGGAACUUGUUCAUGAACUUUUGUUAUCUCAAUUAGAUUCCUCAGCCAUCAGCAUUCCUACAGUAGAGUCUGUUGGGGACCAAGAAUGGCGCAGACUGAUUUACUACUGGACACCAAAUAACAGCACUACCUUGCUCUGUAAUUGAAUAUCAAAUCUGAUAAAUGUACCUUUGACUUGCUGCAUGUGGAAUUAAUUGUAUAUCUGUAUUUUAGAUAAUAAUUAGAAAAUAGUAUUACAUUAGCAACUCAUGCAAUUAAAAAGUCUUUGUAAAAUUUCAAAUAGCUGUUUGUUAGUAGACGUUGGAACUUCAUUGCUAUAUAAUGCCUUUUCCAAGCAUAACUUUGACUUUUUUCUGAAUUGUUAAAUAAUUUAAAAGAAUAACUCAUCUUUCAUAAGCUAAAUAACUUUGGCAGCAAAUCCUAUAAAGUAUUGACCAUUUUAAGUAUAUUAUCACAUAGCUAUUUUACUGUUUCUCAUCAACUUCUCAUUAAUCCCAACAGCAUAAAGACAGAACUCAGAAACAAGUUGCAUUUCAAAAGUUCAUUUGUAAUCCAUUUGUUUAAGGACUUUUAAAAAUCUUAAUUGUUAGUGCUUGAAAAGCAUGGGUUUAAUUAGAAGCCUUUCAGUUAAGGGAAGGCUUUGGGGUGUUUUGGAAACUUUCAAAGGUGAGGACGUAACCUUGCUCCGUUUCAUCUGUUUCCACUCCGGACUCCUCCUCCGUCUCCUUCUUCCUUUUCUUCUCCUCCUCCUCCUUCGUGAAAAGAUCCCAAGGUUUUCAUCCUAGGAAAAUAGAAAAAGUAUAAAAUAAACCAAAAGAAUUUAUGAAUAGGAAAUCAGAGAUACUUAAGUAGAAAUAAAAGUAUAGCUUAAAAGGAUAACAAAA